AUGGAAAGUGCCAUAGCAAAUAUAUCAAAGGAAAGGAAACAACAGAAGAGAGCUAGUAUUAAUUUUAUUCUAAAGACCUGUGAUUUGGCUGUCUGUUUGCCAGAAUGCCCGUCUAGAUCUGGAAAACCGUGCACUGGCCAUGGGACCUGUUUGGAUGGCAUAGCUCGGAAUGGAACUUGCAUCUGCGAGGGCAACUAUGGAGGCUAUGCUUGCCAAGACUGCCGGGAUGACACUCAUUUUGGCCCUGAUUGCCAGUCUGUAUGUGAGUGUCAGCAUGGAAUUUGCAACCAUGGGAUCUCUGGUGAUGGAACGUGUACCUGCUAUGGUGGAUAUACUGGCCCCAAAUGUGAUCAAGAACUUCCCCUCUGUGGAAGUGUAGUCUGUGAUGACAAAUCCCAUUGUGUGGUGAAGGACGGGCAGGCAAGGUGUCAAUGCCUACCAGGCUAUCAGAAAAUUGGGAUGGACUGUCAAGCUCAAGAUCCUUGCAGGUCCUCUCCAUGCUCUUCAUUUGCUGUUUGCAAGACUCUUGGGCCAACAAAGUAUGAAUGUACCUGCCAAUAUGGGUACCAAGGAGAUGGUAGGAUAUGCCAACCCAUAAAUCCCUGUGUCAAUAAUAAUGGCGACUGCCCUGAAAAUAUAACCAAUUGUAGGUUCUUAAGCCCAGGAGAGUCAAUGUGCGUGUGUAAACUGGGAUCGACUGGCGUAGGCUGCAGCAGAUCUGUCAGUGAAUGUCGGCCCUACUACUGUGAUAGGAAUUCGAGGUGUGAAGUAGGUCCUGAUGGGACUAUCAGCUGCAUCUGCAGAGAGAUUGGAGAGAUUGGAGAUGGCAGGACCUGCUACAAAGCUCUCAUUCAUGAGAUUUCUGAGCUGAAUAUUCGGGGAAGAAUGCUUAGGAGACUGAACAGCGCAAAGUCAAUGUUUGAUUUAGGUUGUGCAUUAUUGCUGGGAAAAUAUGGGCCUUUCACAGUUCUUGUGCCAGCCUCUUCUCAAUAUCCUGAUAGGUCUCAGCUCUUCGAUGUUACAUCUGCACGCCAUUUAUGCAGAAUGCACAUAAUUCCUGGACAGCAUUUGCUAGAGGAUAUGAUCGCAACAAAGGUCCUGUGGACAUUGUCUGGACAUCAGGUGAUCUUCAGUGAUCAGUUUAAGCGCUACAGUUAUUCAGAUAGCCCAAGUGUACCAUAUACCAUCAUAGAUCCAAACUUGCCAGCUUCGAAUGGCAUUAUACAUAUUGUCAGUGCUCUAAGGAAAACACCUUCAAUGGAGAACCUUGGAAACUCUCAGAAAACGAUUGGAGAGAUUCUUUCUUCCCUGGAAAUUGCCAGCCGAUUUGAAACAAUCUUAGAAAACUGUGGUCUGCCUUCAUUUCUGGAUGGUCCUGGCCCUUUCACUGUGUUUGUACCAAGUAAUGAGGCAGUGGAUAAAUUAAGAGAUGGAAGGUUAAUUUAUCUCUUCACUGAGGGAAUAAACAAGCUUCAGGAACUUGUGAAAUACCAUAUCUACACAGCAGCAGCGGUGACAGUGGAGAGGCUAACAGUGAUGCCACAUAUUAUGACCAUGGCAAAUCAGAUAUUGACCAUCAAUAUCACUAAGGAUGGAAGAAUUCUGUUGGGUGACUCUGGUGUUGCCUUAAACAAAAGGAAUAUUUUAGCAUCAAAUGGUAUCAUUCAUACUUUGGAUGGCAUCUUCAUUCCUCCAUCAAUAAUCCCCAUUCUGCCUCACAGAUGCAAUGAACAGCAGUACAAAGCUGUAGCAGGAUCUUGUGUUGACUGUGAUGCCCUUAAUGCAAGUGUUUGCCCACCACAAAGCACACCUAUGGAACAUGGGCUCUUCCCAGGAGAAUGUGUUUAUAUCCACGAUCCUUUGGGCUUGAACGUUCUGAAGAAAGGUUGUAGCAGAUACUGCAACCAAACUGUUAUGGUUCCUGGAUGCUGCAAAGGAUUCUUUGGUCCAGAUUGUGCUGCUUGUCCUGGUGGAUUUACCAAUCCAUGCUAUGGAAAAGGGAAUUGCAGUGAUGGGAUCCGAGGGAAUGGCCAGUGCCGUUGCUUUGACAAUUUCAAAGGAAUUGCCUGCCACAUCUGCUCAAACCCAAAGAAGCAUGGGGAGAAUUGUGAUAAAGAUUGUGGUUGUGUCCAUGGAAUCUGUGACAAUAGACCAGGAAGCAGAGGAGUGUGCCAGCAAGGGUCAUGCAAAGAUGGAUACGUUGGGGAAUUCUGUAACAGGAGUUCUGGCAACUGUGGGCCUGCUGGUGCCUCUCUAAACUGCCACCAGAAUGCUGUCUGCAGCCUGAACGACACCGCAAGGUGCAUCUGCCUCGAUGGAUAUGAAGGGGAUGGGUUUUCCUGCGAUCCUAUAGAUGUCUGCAGAAAACCAGAACAGGGCAGCUGUUCAGAAAAUGCCAUAUGUACCAGCACAGGUCCUGGCACAGCUACAUGCCAAUGUAACAAUGGUUGGACUGGAGAUGGAAAGGCCUGCGUUGCCAUAGACAAAUGUGUAAUGGAGAACAGAGGAGGCUGCCACACCUAUGCUGACUGCCACUAUAUUGGGCCUGGACAGAGCAGCUGUGUCUGCAAGAGAGGUUAUAAUGGCGAUGGUUAUAACUGCAACCCUAUUGAUCCUUGCUUGGUGGACAAUGGUGGCUGCCAUGACUUUGCCGUGUGUAAGUCCCUUGGAGCUGGGGAAGUUGAAUGCAGUUGCUCUGAAGGAUACAUGGGAGAUGGAGAUAUAUGUUAUGCAGAUAUUAUGACGGAGUUAGCACGAAACUACCACUUUUCUGUCUUCUUUGAGUGGAUCAAGGAAUCUCUCUUCAGCAUUCCAAAAGGAGCCAAUGUGACCGUUCUGGUGCCAGUUAAUACAGUCAUUAAAAAGCUAAACGACACUGAAAAGGAUAUAUGGUUAAAGCUUGACAUGUUACCAUUUGUAGUCAGGGCUCACUUCCUCCAAGGUUCUUUCAUGACUGGACAACUCAAAAAAAUUGUGGGUCAGGAACUACCUACCCUCAAUCCGCAGAUCAGGUGGAAGAUAAACAACCACAAUGGGACUUUGGCCAUUCAGAAUGCAAGGAUUGUAGCAGGUGACAUCCCUGCCAUUAACAGUACUAUUCAUAUUGUUGAUCAGGUUUUGUUGCCACCAUUUGGCGAUAUCCCCCCACAGCAUCCAGGUCUGCAGCAGCAACUUAACAUGACACUCUCCUUCAGUAGGUUCCAAAAGCUGCUUGAGCAAUAUCAGUUGAUUGGAGAAAUUGAGUCUUCUGAAAAAUAUACCAUUUUUGUCCCUGGAAAUAGUUCAGUUGAUAAAUAUUGCCAAGAAUUUAAUAUUACACAAUUGGAUGAAGACACUGUGAAGUACCAUGUCAUACUUGGAGAGAAACUUUUAUCCAAUGAUCUGAAAAAUGGCAUUCACAAGAGCACAAUGUUAGGACUCUCCUAUUGGCUGAUGUUUUACAAGAACACUACUCAGGCAUUUGUCAACAAAAUCCUCUUGGAUGGCCAGUUUUUUGAAACAAGAAAUGGAAUGUUGAUUGGGGUUUCUGAAGUUCUCCCAGUGCAGAAAAAUCGGUGUACUACCAAUACCACAACAGUGCAAAAGUCAAGAUGUGCUAAAUGUAACAAAAAGUUCAAGUGCCCACGGGGAUCAGUGCUUGCUGAAUCGGCGCCAGAGAAUCUUCCUCAUUGUGAAUAUAAGGCUGGAAAGGAUAGAUUAGUUGGCUGUCAUUUCACCUGCCUUAAAGUUUCCUUAGUCUCCGUCUGUUGUAAAGGCUACUAUGGCCAUAUGUGUGAAAUGUGUCCAGGAAAACUCGGCAAUUGGUGUUCUGGAAAUGGGAUAUGCCAAGAUGGCAUAUCUGGCAGUGGACAAUGCCAGUGCCAUGAAGGUUUCUAUGGUACAGCUUGUGAAACGUGUCAGCCAGGGAGAUAUGGAGCAAGCUGUAAAGCAGAGUGCAGUUGCAAGAAUGGUACAUGCAAUGAAGGGCUUCUGGGUGAUGGAAGCUGUAUAUGUAACACAGGCUGGAAGGGGAUCAACUGUGACAAAAAAAUUGAAAUUGACCUUUGCAAUGGCACUUGUGAUGUGAAUGCCAACUGCAUCAAUGGAUCUACCAUUUCACGGCCCUCUUGCAUUUGUUCUGCAGGAUACACAGGGAAUGGAACCUAUUGUACAGAAAUUGAUCUCUGUGCAUCGGGGAAUGGUGGCUGCUCCAUAUAUGCCAACUGUACUAAAGUUGCAGCUGGUCAAAGGAUCUGCACUUGUAAAGAAGGCUAUGCUGGAGAUGGGACCCUAUGUAGGGAAAUUGAUCUGUGCCUAGAAAACCAAGGUGGCUGCCAUCGCUAUGCAGAAUGUGUUAAAACAGGUCCAGGUCGGGUUGCUUGCAACUGUCUUCCCAAAUACAGUGGGGAUGGUGUUAAAGAAUGCAAAUUCAUUGAUCCUUGCUAUAAGAGCAAAGAAGGCUGCAGUCAACAGGGUUUCUGUUAUAAGAACAGUAUUGAGAAUGAAAUUUGCGUCUGUGUGAUGGGUACUGGUGGUGCAUCUUCAUGCACACGAACAGCAUGGAAGGAGGAGCUUGCUGCAAGAGAAGCUGUAUCCCGGUUCUUUCAGUAUGCAAAGGUUUAUAACAUCAUCAACCUAUCAAAAGGUGGACCUUACACUUUUUUCGUGCCGCUUGUCGAUUUCCAGUGGAAUAACACCACACUUUCAGAAUGGAAAGAGGGCAGCAUCAAGGAUUUCCUUCUCUAUCAUGUAGUCAUCUGUCAGCGCUUACUGUCAAAGGAUUUGGAGUUGCUUGAUUCCAUCACAACUCUAUCUGGACGCAAAAUUCAGGUUACUGUGAAAGAGAACAGUGUAUAUUUAAAUGAGGAGGCAAAAGUAAUUGACAGUGACUUUGUUGGACCAAAUGCUGCUGUUAUACAUUUCACUGAUAAGAUUUUAAUGCCAAAUGAUAUGCAAAAUCAUGGCAUUUCAUCCAGUUUAUCAGAGAAAUCCAUCACAAAAGUUGCAGAGGCUUAUGGAUACAAAAUCUAUAGCAGACUUUUAGAAGAGGCAGGACUUCUUCCUUUGAUUAACGAAACCAUUCAUCAGCCCUUCACCAUGUUGUGGCCUACUGAUGCGGCAUUUAACUCGCUUCCCGAGGAUAGGCAGACGUGGCUGUAUCAUAAAGAACACCGAAGCAAACUGGCUUCUUAUCUCAAAGAACUCAUGAUCAGAAACAUGCGGGUCUUUCCUUACAUUCUGACACAACCUGGAUUGUUUUUAACAAGUAUGCAUGGAUCUACCAUAUCAUUUGGCUGCAGCAGAAAGAGUCCUGGGUACAUUCAGGCAGACAAGACAAGGAUUGUACACAGCUAUAUGGAAUUUGAUGUGGGUAUUGCUUAUGGCAUUGAUCAGCUGUUGGAACCUCCAGACCGGGGAUCCCGCUGUGAUGAGUUUCAUCCUGCUGUGAUUUUGAACUCUGAAUGUGGCUCCUGUCAUUAUCAGCCUCCAUGUCCUUUUGGAUCAGUUGAACAAGGACCAAGCGUGAGUUGCUUGUAUUUUGGAGAUGCACUUUUAAGCAAACCAGUCCCAUUUGGCAUUAAAAGGAGGUCUUACUUCACACAGUCCUCCCGCAGGAGAAACCGAUGGCAUCUUUUUUCAAAUUUAAAGGGGUGCAAGAGAACAUGCAUUACCCCCAGGUGGACGUCCAAGUGCUGCGAAAACCACUAUGGAAUAAAUUGUCAGGUUUGUCCUGGGGGGCUUGAGGCACCAUGCAGUAAUCGUGGUAGCUGUGAUGAUGGGUUUCAUAGUUCAGGACGAUGCAUCUGCAACGAGACAUUCACUGGUACAGCUUGUGAGCAGUGCAUGCUAGACCGAUAUGGGCCAGACUGCAAAGAGUGUAGUUGUACAGAGAAUGGGAUAUGCAAUGAAGGACUGCAUGGAGAUGGCUUCUGCUUCUGCACUUCAGGGUGGUCGGGAGAGCGCUGUGAAAUCCCACUAGCUGUGACACCCAAGUGUUCUCCAGCCUGCCAUCAAAAUGCUGUCUGUCGAUUGAAUAAUACCUGUGAAUGCAACUUGCAUUAUGAAGGCGAUGGAAGGAUAUGUACGGUGAUUGACUAUUGUGGCAAUGAUAAUGGAGGCUGCAGCGAAUAUGCAAACUGCACACAAACUGGAACUGCCAUCUCCUGUACCUGCUUGCCCAAUUAUCAGGGUGAUGGUUACUUCUGCAGCCCCAUCGACCGGUGCGCAGACGGCAGCAACGGGGACUGCAGUGAACACGCCACGUGCAUCAGCACAGGCCCUAAUACUCGGCGCUGUGAGUGCAAAGCUGGUUAUGUCGGAAAUGGAGUCCAGUGCUUGGAGGAAGCUAUCCCACCCACAGACCGUUGCUUAGACGAGAAUGGGCAUUGCCACUUUGAUGCUAUCUGUACUGACCUGCAUUUCCAUGACAAAACAGUUGGUGUCUUCCACCUCCAGUCCCCCUAUGGAAAGUACAACUUUACUUAUCAGGAGGCUGAAGCCAGUUGUGCAGCUGAGGAAGCUACCUUGGCCACCCUUCAGCAGCUGUCUGCUGCACAGCAGAUGGGUUUCCACCUGUGCAUAGUUGGAUGGUUAUUUAACAGGUCAGCAGGUUACCCAACGGUGUACCCAAGUGCAAAAUGCGGCACUAACCAUGUUGGGAUUGUGAAUUAUGGAUUUCGAAGUGACUUCAGUGAGAAGUGGGAUGCUUACUGUUACAGAGCUAAAGAUGUACGAUGUGACUGCAGGGAUGGGUAUAUUGGUGAUGGCUAUACCUGCAUUGGGAAUCUUCUGACAGUGCUGGCACAGCAUGCAAACUUUUCGGUCUACUAUUUUAUGUUAUUGGAUUACGCCAAUACCACCCAAGAAGGACUGGAAUUUCUGAAUCUCCUUUCUGAUGAGACCACUUAUAAAACCCUUUUUGUACCCCUGAACUCUGGCUUUAGAGAUAAUACAUCUUUAACAUUGAAUGACCUGAAGCUUCAUGUAUCAGUGAGUGAUGAGCCCCUGCUGAGCAUCAAUCUCACAGCUGGUGCAAUUAUAUCUUCCCAAGCAGGAUACAACCUUUCCAUUGCAGACUCCAUGAACAGCACCCACCCUCCGGGUUCUAAGGUGGUUAAUGAUACAGUGGUUGUUGAAUGGGAUAUUCUGGCUUCCAAUGGGAUAAUUCAUGCUAUUGAAACACCGUUAAUGGUACCACUUCAAUAUGGGCAUGUUGUUCAGGUUUCGGGUGCUGUAAAAGCAUCUGCUUUGGCUGUAACCGUCAGUGUGAGUACUGUUGCUGUAGUGCUGCUAUGUGUAGCUAUUGCUGGAGUAUCCUACUACUACCUCAGAAGAAAGAAUCAGGGAUUCCAGUUUCGCUACCUGAAGGCUGAGCUGGAAGAUGAAGAGCCGUUGCCCUGGGAGGAAAGGAACCCAGCCUUGGUGUCCAUCCCAAAUCCCAUCUAUGGAGCACAUAGUUCUCUCUAUGAUGAGCCAUUUGAGUUGGGAAAGCAGGGAUUUUUGGCUGUUGGUAUCUUUGACAACUGUACAAGUGGAAUGAAGGAUUCUGCCGGAGAAGACUUUUCAGAUACACAUGGAAUUUUUGCAGAUCAGUAA